GAUGGCUCAGAUUUAAAGCCAAGGAUGCUGGGCACCCAGCAGGAGGUGUCUUUUCACCAAAUAUUAUAUGAUACUGACGAUGCUCAUAUACAUAUUCCUCUCCCUUUUUUCACCAACAAGAGCCUCCAGUACAUAAAUGUCAAUGCUGCUUUGUUGCCAGUGCAGAAAGCGAAUUUGCUCGAUUGCGAGAAGAAGGGUUUCAACAUCCUCAAGAUUGAGGAGCUGAUGCCUAUUCUUGGGGCAGAGUUAUCCAUAGAUUAUGGCCUUCAUGCCAAAGCUAUGGCUAAUCUCUACCAUUUCCAGAAAUCUCACAAUCCUUUGGGCUUGAAGGGCAAUCAUGCCAUCUGGUAUGAGAGUCAUAUCCUCUUCUUUGAUUGUCAGCAAGACAAGAUCGAAUACUGGGACUAUCUAAAGCAUCUUGAGAUGGAGCUCCACCUCAAACAUAUCAGCUCCCUGACAGCAUUUGACCUUGAUUACUAUGUGCAAUGUUACAAUGAGGUCAAGAACAAUGCUCUUCUCCAAGAAAAGAUGAAGGAGGAUAUGAGAUGA